AUGGUGGAUACUUCAGAAAAUGCAAUCAUGGAAGAAAGAGAGGAGUUUAUGGUUUCACCUGUUGAUGAUGAAGAAGUAAAACCCAUUGUUCGAGUUGCUCAUUUUCUAAAACCAACUAUAUGUUCUGCUGAAAAACUCCCUUUUCUCCCUUCAAGACCCGAAGUUUCUUGUUCUUCACUAAAUGUGCGGUUUAGGGGUGGUUGUUCAUACUUGAAGGGAUGGUCUAAAUGGGUCAAUCAGUUAAAGCCUCUAUACCAAGAAAUAUGGAAAAAAGUUGGAAUCUUUGAAGCUAUUAUAGGUUCCACAUUCAAGGUUUAUAGGCACAAUGAUUUGAUUCUUGCUCUAGCUGAGAAAUGGUGUUUGGAGACUAAUACAUUCAUUUUACCAUGGGGAGAAGCAACUAUUACUUUGGAGGAUAUGGUAGUUUUGGGUGGUUUCUCUGUAUUAGGCCACUCUGUGUUGAAACCUGUUAAGACCAAAGAUUAUGUUAAAGUUGAAAAAACUCUUUGUGAGGCCCUUAAAGUUAUUCGAGCGCGUAAAAUGAAUGUUACUCACCAUGCCUGGAUGGAAUACUUUGCAGGAAAAGGUGACCAUUUAGAGCAUGUUGCAUUUUUGAGCCUUUGGUUGUCAAGGUAUGCGCUUCCUACUAGAAGUUAUCAGACUGUGGACAGAGCUCUUUUCCCUAUUGCAAUACAUCUUUCUCAAGGAAUUCCAGUAGCACUUGCCCCUGCUGUUCUUGCUAGUAUUUAUAGAGAUUUAAACUUGCUUAAACAGUUGAUUAUAUCUUCAGCUGAACAGAGUAGUAAUUCUAGAUGUAUGGAAGAUGAGUCGGAUCUUAUGCUUCGCGCGCCGCUUCAUUUUGUUCAGCUAUGGGCAUGGGAGAGAUUUCCCUAUUUGCAGCCCAAGCCUAGUGUUAUUUACUGUGGGGAGCCAAGAGUGGCUAGAUGGCAUAAGGUGAAAAAACUAAAUUGUGUGGAUCCUAGGAGUGAAAUAGAUUCUGCAGCGGAAUGUUUUCUGUGGCGUCCUUACGCUAUUGAUACUGUGAAGAAUUGGGAUGUCAGCAAAUUUUACAAGGAAAGGGAGGAAUAUGUGGUGGUUGGACCAAAAAUGGGAAGUGAAAUCAUGAUUUUUGCUCGACUUGUCCGAGCUUCUAAACUAGUUGGGAUGGAUAGUGUAGAGUUGUAUAACCCUCAUAGAGUAUCAAUGCAAUUUGGAUUCGAUCAAGAUGUGCCCGGUUGUGUGACUCAUGCUUGGAGCGAUUAUGACAGAUCAAUUAAAGAUGCAAAGCUCUAUAUACCUUCUAGGCUCUUCGAGUCAGAUGUCAGCAAACGAUACUUGGAGUGGUGGAAGAACCAAAACGUUGCACCUGGACAGCAGUCUAAAACUAGUGAAAGGAUUCCAAGAAUGUUGUGGGGACACCACGAAAAGAUGAAUGCCUCUGUAUGUUGUGAAUUUUUGCAGAAAUUUGAUGAGGUUAGAAAAGAUGGUAAUUUUCAGGAUUGUGAAAUGAGAGCUGUAGAAUCGUCAUCAGAUGAUGACAAUAUACCAAUUUCUCAAUCUUUAUGCUGGAGGAAGCUUAUGAAGAAAGAAAUUACUCUACCUGGUAAUCAAGAACCCCUAAUUAGCAUCAAAUGCCGAUCUUCUCCAGCUUCAAAUGAUGGAACUGUUAGAGAAAAGGAGACUAUACUGGAAUCAAAACCGUUAAGCGAAAAGCUUGAGAUUUCAAAUGGAAAAUCAGAGGAAUUAGAUGGACAUGAGUCAUAUGUAGUUAAAGAAAUGGUGCCACUAGAGAGCACGGACAACAAUGACAAAGGUGGCUGUAUGCUCAACUUGCCUGAUAGUAUCGAACUUGCAAGUGACGGUCCAAAUGCAAACAGGGAAGAUAGUAAACAUGCAAAAUUUUCGGGUACUAGUGUGGAAGCACCUAAGGUAACUGCAAAGGGUACAAACGUAACUGGAGGAAAUAUGGAGAUGGGAAACAUUAACAACCAUGAGAAAGCGAGCAGUAGCUAUAAAAUGACUGAUAUUCUGAAACUUGAAAUGAGGAUUAAAAACAUUGAAAACAUCAAUGCUGGAAAGGUUCCAAGAUUCAGGAAAAGGUGA